CCGGUACCACUCAUUUCGCCAACUUACGUACGUUACUGCGCAUGUGUGAAAUCCCUCCCCCUCCAGCUCGACGUGGAGCAGCCGAUAGCCGUUAAACACACUGUACUUUCCGCUCUUCUGCAACAUUCCACCAUUGCGGAUUCUGUGAACGAGACACCAUGGUUUUACUGGGCGAGGUGUUCCCGAACUUUACAGCAGACACCCAGAUGGGCACGAUCAGAUUUCAUGAGUGGCUGGGCGAUUCGUGGGGUAUCCUAUUUUCCCAUCCUAAUGACUUCACACCAGUCUGUACAACCGAACUAGCGCGAGUCGCAAAACUAAUGCCCGAAUUUAAGAGAUUGGGUGUGAAAGUGAUUGCCUUGUCCUGCAAUUCUGUCGAUUCCCAUCGUAAAUGGAUAGAGGAUAUAAAGAGUUACAGCGAGGUAACGAACGAGGAAUUUCCAUAUCCGAUAAUAGAAGAUCAAACUAGGAAGCUUGCCACAUUAUUGGGAAUGUUGGAUCCUGCGGAGAUCGACAGUCAGACCGGAUUACCCAUGUCGGCGCGAGCUGUGUUCAUAAUUGAUCCGGCUAAAAAAAUGCGAUUGUCAAUUUUAUACCCAGCCACCACUGGCCGCAGUUUUGACGAAAUAAUAAGGGUGAUUGAAUCUCUUCAGCUCACGCAAAAGUACAAAGUGGCGACACCUGUAGAUUGGAAGAAAGGAGACGACGUUAUGAUUGAUCCGAGUGUGUCGGACAGCGAGGCAAAAGCUUCCUACAACAAUAUCAAGACUGUGAUGUUGCCCUCUGGCAGAACGUAUAUGCGUAUUGUGCCACAACCUAUAGAUGCAUAAAAAAAUUCCUGUAUACAAAAAGAUUCUAAUAAAAGUUGCACAAAUCAAUA